ACCAAUCAACUUUGGGAGUAUAUAUAUGUAGAUUGCCCACAGCACAAUCACUGCUGUAGAAUGUUUUGAGAAUGGAGGACGUUCACAAUGCUGAACUGCAGCAACAUGCUCGUGGAAGAGCAAUUGGAAGGCGUGUAAGAAUACGUGGUGGUGGUAGAGGAAGAAAUAAUCGAGGAAGAGGUGGAAAUAGAAGAGUCAGAGUCUCUGAUGAAAUCAGAGCCACACUUGUGGAUCAUGUCAUAAAUCAUGGUUUUACAAUGGAAGAGGCUGGUCGAAGAGUACAGCCUAAUGUAAACAGGUCCACAGUGUCAUCAAUUGUGCAAACCUUUCGUAGGGGAAACAGGUACAUAUGUAUUUUUUUGUUUUACAGUAUGUAAAGUAUUUUUACAGUAUAAACAACAAUAUUGUAAAGGUAAAUGCAAGUCUAUUUGUUCAUUCUAUAGAACUGCACGACAACCUCGCGCUGGUGGCAGAGCAGCAGUAUUUAACCAACUGCAAGAACAAGAAAUUUGCAACAUGGUCAUAGCCAACAAUUCCAUCAGGCUAAGAGAGAUCCAAAGUGCAAUCAUAAAUGACAAUGAGGUCUUUGCAAAUAUUAAUUCUGUCAGCAUUUCCACCAUAGACAGAGUUUUAGAAAGACAUCAGAUGACUAUGAAACAGCUCUAUAAGGUGCCAUUUGAGAGGAACAGUGAAAGAGUCAAGGCAUCGCGGUACCAGUAUGUCCAGAGAAUCAUGGAGUUAGAACUACAUGAAACGACCCACAUUCUUGUUUUUGUGGACGAGGCUGGGUUUAAUCUGUCCAAAGGCCGGAGACGUGGUCGCAAUCUCAUUGGACACCGAGCCACAAUUGACACACCAGGCCAACGUGGGGCCAAUAUUACAAUGUGUGCUGCCAUUUCAGAGAACGGUGUGAGCACACAUAUUCCACACAUUGGGCCCUAUAAUACCCAACUUCUCCUGGCCUUCCUAAAUGCACUUUACAGAGACCUGAUUCCAGAACAAGAAAGAGGUUUGGUUAGACCACAUUUGCCUAAUUAUGUUGUUGUCUGGGAUAAUGUCAGCUUCCACCGAACCAACAGCGUUAGUGACUGGUUUGCUGCACAUGAAAGGAUAACAGUGGAAUUCCUUCCACCAUACUCUCCGUUCCUAAAUCCAAUAGAAGAGUUUUUUUCAGCAUGGAGGUGGAAAGUGUAUGAUCAUAGACCACAAAAUCAGAUGUCUUUGUUGGAUGCCAUGAAUGCUGCAUGUGAGGACAUCACAGCUGACCAUUGCAGGGGAUGGGUGCGGCAUUCAAGGAGAUUUUUUCCACGGUGUGUGGCAAUGGAAAACAUCAGAUGUGAUGUUGAUGAAAAUCUUUGGCCUGACCAACGUGAGCGACAAGAUGUCCACCAAGAAUAUAUAUAUAUUUUUUUUCCCCAUGAAUGUUAUUUGUUGUUUUUAUGUAUUUGUGGUAAUACACAAAUAUGAAAUGUAAAGUGAAAUCUUGUUACUCUUGUCAGUUACUUUACAUGUACAGUAAUACACUUGUAUUGUAUAUAUACACGUGAAGUACAAAAAUAAACACUGUACAAAUACAAAUGUUCAUAGAUUUUUUCAUUUCUUUUCUACAUACU